ACGUCCACGAGUCACUUGUGACCGAGCCGGUAGGAAGCCGAAAGCGAGGAAUUACGUCUCAAUAAGUCGGCUGAAUAAACAUAAAGAAAAGCAACCAUGCCUGUAGACAUUAACAAAGGCAAGAAGGCGUUUGUCCAGAAGUGUUCCCAGUGCCACACCGUGGACGAGCGCGGGAAGCACAAGGUGGGGCCGAACCUUUGGGGUCUGUUUGGGCGCAAAACGGGCCAGGCUCCGGGCUUCUCCUACACCGAUGCCAACAAAAGCAAAGGUAUUACCUGGAAUGAAGACACCCUGAUUGUUUAUUUGGAGAACCCCAAGAAAUACAUUCCAGGAACAAAGAUGAUCUUUGCCGGCAUCAAAAAGAAGAAUGAAAGAGCCGACCUUAUAGCGUACCUUAAGUCUGCAACUUCAUAAAGAACUCUUGGUCUUUGCUGGUGGUUGUGCUCUGACACAUUGAACUGGUAAAGAGGCCAGGACUGCCAAGCCAUCUCUGACUGGUAUUGACAUGAGAAUGUUCCAUCUUUGACACAGCUGUGCCUCGGUUUCAGAUCCUCCUUUGAGGUGGACAAAAUGAUUUCCCCUGGUUUUAACAGGUUCUUUUUCGAGCAUAAAUUAUUAAAACAUACUGUAUAUUCAAAAUGUAGGGACUGAAGGCUGUGUAUUAUUUUUGCUUAUUGCCAUCCAGGAUGUUGUCUUAAUACUUUCUUGAUUCAAGCUCUUAAAUCUUUGUCUCUUCCAAGAAUGAAUAUGCCUUUCAUCAAGUCAUUUUGGAAUUUGUAAGUUUAAUUAAAUAGACACUAAGCGUUCAUUAUUUUUGUAAUUUGUUGGACACAAUAGUACGAGAAAUUAAUCUUUGGUCCGUAUUAUGUUCCAUAAAUAAAAAAUACUGACAGUA